AUGGCUAAUUCAACACAAGCUCCUUCGAUAUCAAACUAUGAUAAUCUAAAUUCAGCUACUUUUCAGGCACCUGCAAAUGAAAAUCCUCCAGUUUUACAAGCAUUAUCAGCAGAUGAUGUACAAAAAAUGAAAUAUAAAAUUGAACUUGAUAAACAAGUAACUGAAAAACAACAACGACUAGCUCGUGAAUGGGAAAACAAAAUUGAACGUGACAAAAAAUACGUUCAGCAUACACCAUUUGGAAGACAUAAUCGAACAACUAUUUUUAAUAAACGAGAAUUAGAAGAAAUUUUAACAAAAGGUCGUGCUCCAUCACCAGUAUUAGAAAUGCCAUUGCAAUAUUCACUUCAUCACCAACCACAUUCAACGGAAACAUACAUUCCAAAUGAAAAUAAUUUAUCCAAGACAAAUGGUUCAUCGCAACAACCGAUAUAUGAUAAUCAUCCACAAUAUCCUGUCUAUUCAUCUACACAACCACAACCAACAAAUACUAAUUUUGAUUUCCAACGUUUUUAUGAGCCAAGCAACCUUUCUAAUCCAAAUGGAACUAGCAUUAGUACGUCUCAAUCAACAAAAGGCGAUGUUCAUGACCCAUUUUCUUCAUAUGAUCCAAAUAAAGAAGGUCAGAAUGCAUUUAAUUCAAUUCCUCAGCAAGAUCUAUAUGAUCCAUGGGGACGUCCAGGAGCUGGAGCUCCAUUAGUUCAUGCAUCAACAGGUCAAAAAUUUACACGAUACUCUGGUAGUCUACAAGAUAAACAGCAUCGUACUGGACCACUUGGUUAUCAUCAAGUUCAAUAUAUACAUCAUAUUGAAGAUCAAAAACGUGAUGCUGAACCAGAACAGACGCGUCGCCAACAAGAAGACAUCGACCGUCGAUCUAAUACUAGUCGUACGGCUGAUUGGAAUAAUAACUUUAAUAAAAUUAAUUAUCCAACAAAAUUUCAAUCACCAUCAACAGAAACAUCUCGAGAGAAAUUUAUUGAUACACGUGCGCGACAUCGUUCCGAAGAUAAACGUGUAUUAUACGGCGAUCUUAUACAACAAGCAGAAGAACGUGCAAGAUUACAAAAAUUAAGUCGUCGUGAAAAUAGUUUAGCUGAAUUACAACAUACAGUCGCAAUGAAUAAUUGGUGGGGUCGAGGCGGUAGCGGUGCACCAGCAUUUACAGUUCGACGGCAUAAUGUUCAAAAUUCUUUUGAAAAUCCACGUCAAAAAUGGGUAACAAAUCAUUUAGGUCAAUUAGUUGCAGCUAAUGAUGAGCCGACGAAUCGAAUUCAAAUUCAAUCAUCAGAUUUUUACUAUCCAAAAAAUAAACAAUAUUCAAGCCAUCGAAAUAAUUAUGAAAUAGGAGAUGAUUGA